AUGCAGUGUAUUUACGCUACGUUCUAUAGGAGGAAACCUUCACCAGGUAAAGCAACUAACUGCAACCGGCAUAUUAGCAGUGCUGAUGGCAAGAAUGGUACAAUAACGAGUCCAAACUACCCAAAUCCAUACCCUGGGGAUAUUACAUGUCGCUUCACAUUUGAGGGCUCUGGUCCGGAGAGGGUACAGCUUCGAUUUACACACAUGGAUCUGUACUUUCCUGGGGGUAAUGCUGCAGAUCCACAUGAUUGUCAAGCAGCAGAUUCUGUCACGAUAACAAUUUACAUUGAUGGAGAAGCAACGGACUUGGAUACGAAAUGUGGCCGGAAACUGCCACCAAUGUACAUGUCAAAUGAACAAAGAAUGACUGUAACCUUCAGAAGUCUUACAUAUUCUCAUACUGUUACAGGAUUCCAAGCGGAUUAUGCAUUUGUUCGAAAUUUUGGCAUUAAUACAGGCGAACCAGAUUCAAGAUAUUUAUGCGGGUUCAACUAUAAAAGCACUCUAGCACAAGAUGGGGUAUUCACGUCACCAAAUUAUCCAGGGAAGUAUCCUCGGAACACGGAAUGCCACUACUUAUUUUAUGGUCAGAAAGGACAAAAAGUGAUAAUUGACUUUCCAAAGUUUGAAGUUGAUGGAAUUCAACCCAAGUGUGAGGAAGAGACUAAAAGUGAUUAUGUAGCUUUCUCCAACUUCUUUACUACACGGGAUAGAAAGAUGGACCGAUACUGCGGCCUGCGUACAGGCAAGAAUAAUACCGUCAAAUCAGAUGGAGAAUUUUUUAAAGUCACAUUCAAAUCCAAUGGCAUUUAUGAUGCUCAUGGGUUCCAGGCUAAAUACAGAUUUGAAAAAACAAAUGUGAAGCCAGUGUAUGAAACGAAUUCACAGGCAGAGAUAUAUACAGCUGGCAAUAGCCGUUCUUUACAUGAAUAUAGCCAACAAUGGACGAGUAUUUUGUGUUUACUGGUUUUUUUCAUGUUGUGA